AUGACUUCUGCAACUUCACCCAUCAUUUUAAAAUGGGAUCCCAAAAGUUUGGAAAUCAGGACUCUUACUGUGGAGAGAUUAUUGGAGCCACUCGUUACACAGGUGACGACCCUCGUGAACACCAGCAACAAGGGGCCUUCGGGGAAAAAGAAAGGCCGGUCCAAGAAGGCCCACGUCCUCGCGGCUUCGGUUGAGCAAGCCACUCAGAACUUCUUGGAGAAAGGGGAGCAGAUUGCGAAAGAGAGCCAAGACUUGAAGGACGAACUGGUGGCCGCCGUGGAGGAUGUGCGCAAACAAGCUCUCAGAAAAUAG